AUGUUAUCCCAUCUACCAUUAGUAUUAAGAGGUUUAACAUUUAUUCAUUUGGGUAAUCUUUCGUGUACUCCAGAUGGAUUGGUAAAUAUAGUCAAAUUACGAAUUCUUGCAAAAGAGUUUCGUGCCAUUUGUCAAAUGUGUAAUGUUGAUUACGAUCUAUGCACUACUCCAUAUCACGGUCGUGAUGCUAGUGGUGUCGGACGUGCACAUGCGAUUAAAGCAGAUGCUGCUGCUUCAUCCAUCAAUCAAAAAUCGUACUUUUCAAAUCGUACAUCAAUGAAUAACUACAGUCAAACGGACCACUUUAAUGAUAGUAGUGCUAGUACAUAUUCCAAUUGGUCACAACAUGAUAUUGCUGAAGUGAAAUUCAGUCAUUCAACUUUUCUUGAUGUUAGUGAACAAAAACAACGUGAAAGUCAACUUAACUUUAAUAUGAAUCGGACUAGUGUUUCGAGCGAUUUUAACGUUGGAUACAAGCGUUUACAUCAACAAGAGAAUCCUAUAACACCUUUUUCAGUGGAAAUUUCAAUAGCUACUAAAGAUCCGGAAUUGCUGUCUCAAUUAUCUGCACGCAAUGAACCUAAUGGUAAAGAUUCGAAAAUUGUCCAACCCGCUGUUGUAUCUUCAGUAGGAAACACUGGCAUCAAAAAUUCUGAAUGCUCUCAUCAAAACAUUUGUAGGCCAUCUACACAAGAAGUAUAA